UGGCGAAUGCGCUCUGCCUAAUAAAGUAAAUAAAUACUCAGAUACAGAAAAGAAGGAAAAUCAAAUCACUGAUAGAAAGAAAUGACUGAAAUGACUGUUUUAAAAAUAAGUUUAUAGAUGUUUUUAAUUGGGAUGAAAGGCUACCGGUGUUAAAGUGCCAGAAUGAGUAAUGUAAAAUAGUUGUUUUUCUGAAAUGUUCCUGCACUGUGGGGUAAAUUGAACAUUGACUUUCUGAGAGUCUGUGGACUUUGAUUUGACCCUUGCAGGAGUACACAGUAACGCCUCUUGAUGCCAUAAAAAAAAAGUCAGCCAGAUAAUACAUAAAUACAGAGCCGAAGAUGCAUUUCUCUUUUCAGCGGGGAGGCACGUUUUAUGGAUUAUAAUCCGACCAAUCAUAUCCUACCGAGGAUCAAAGCCUGACACUUUAGACCAACAAUCAUUAGGGAAACAUGGUGGGACUUAAACCCUCAGACGUGCCCCCUCCGCUGGUGGUGAAGAUGGCGAGUGCCGGGGCUGCGGCCUGUGUCGCGGACCUCUUCACGUUUCCCCUGGACACGGCCAAAGUCAGACUACAAAUUCAGGGGGAGGUGAAGGGAGUCGACGGCAUCCGCUACAGAGGGGUGUUCGGCACGAUCAGCACCAUGAUCCGAACGGAGGGGCCCAAGUCCGUGUACAACGGGCUGGUGGCGGGGCUCCAGAGGCAGGUGUGCUUCGCCUCCGUCAGGAUCGGCCUCUACGACAACGUCAAAGAUUUAUACACCGGUGGCAAAGACAAAGCCGGUAUAGUGGCACGGAUCCUGGCUGGAUGCACCACGGGCGCCUUGGCGGUGUCCUUUGCACAGCCCACGGACGUGGUCAAGGUCCGGUUCCAGGCCCAGGUGAACCUGGACGGUGUGGCUCGCCGGUACAGCGGCACCAUGCAGGCCUACAAACACAUCUUCCAGAACGAGGGCGUGCGCGGACUCUGGAAAGGCACGCUACCUAACAUCACAAGAAAUGCCCUGGUCAACUGCACCGAGCUGGUUACAUACGACCUGAUCAAGGAGGCCAUCUUGAAGCACAAACUGCUGUCAGACAACCUUCCGUGUCAUUUUGUAUCUGCGUUCGGGGCCGGCUUCGUCACCACGGUGAUCGCUUCCCCAGUGGAUGUAGUGAAGACCAGAUACAUGAACUCUCCCCCCGGUCAGUACAAGAGUGCCAUCAACUGUGCCUGGACCAUGAUGACCAAAGAGGGGCCGACGGCUUUCUACAAAGGAUUUGUGCCCUCGUUUCUGAGGUUGGGAUCAUGGAACGUUGUUAUGUUCGUCUCUUUCGAACAAAUCAAGAGAGCCAUGAUGGUCACAAAGAAGAGGAUUGAGGACAAAAAUUAAGAUUUCCUUUUGACAGAAAAAUCAGAACCAUCACUGGGCUAAAUAUCAAUUUAGUUCAGUUUUAUUCGUAAGUGACAAAAAAAACAUCCUUUGCUGAAAAGGGAAUAUUGUUAAGUGUACCUUUUAUUUGUGUUUAUGUUGAAGUGAAAGGCAGUUUGUAUUUAUAAUUGUUCAUGAUGAAUCCAUUUGAAAUUGAAUGGUGCUAACUCUCGGUUGUCAUAACCCAUUUUGGGAAGUUAAGUGCACUUUAAGAUCUGUGAAUCUAAAACUGCCAAUCACACAUUUCAGGCAGUUUACAGCAGAGCACCUUUAAAUAAUACUGGUGCUCUCAGUAAAAUGGAAAACAGGUUUAUGUGAACUCUAGAUAUAUUUUACUUGUUUAACAGAACCUGUGCUUGCGUUUUAACUUAUGCUUUCAUGUCCACCACAAACAAAAAUUCAAAACAUUAAAAUGUGUAUUUAUUA